UUACCAACGUGACAUCACCUCCCUGCUUAUAUAGUUAGGGAAUGGUCCAGAGCAUCUCUUAUGGCUCAGAGACACAGACAAGCCUAGUCAGCAAGAGGAGAGCUUCCUUCUCUUAAAGCUCACUGCUGUCUAUACUGUUAUAUGGACUGUACUUUCUGAUAUAUUUCGAGAUGGCCGGCCAGAGAAUCCAAUUGGUGUGUUUGAUACUCCUUGCCUUUACCUGCAGUGGGAUGUGCACAGAUUCCGAAGAAGAGAUGAAAGCAUUAGAAGCAGAUGUACUGAGCAACAUGUACUCAUCAAAGGUGAAUAAAGCAAGAAUUCCAUAUUGGAAAAUGACCCUACUAAAUGUAUGUAGCCUUAUAAAUAAUAUAAAUACGGAAGCUGAGGAAACUGGUGAAACUGGGGAUGAGGAAAUCAUAUUGAGAAAACAGUUUCCUACAACUACAGAUGGAUUUAACUUGGAGGCGAUGUUAACAUUAUUCCAACUACAGAAAAUUUGUCAAAGCAGAGUCUUCCAACAGUGGGAGUUAAUGCAGCAAGACUAUUUGGAUCCAAACAGCGCAAACAUCGAAAAAGAGGAGAUGGUAAAAAGAAAAACCCCAUACAUUUUAAAAAGACAGACACAUGUGAGCAAAGCAAGAAGACCCUACAUACUCAAAAGAGGUUCUUAUUACUAACAAAAUAAAUGAUAAAAAAAAACGAUGUGUUUAUAG